CGACUUCCUUUUAUUCCUUUCCCUCUUUAAGUUCUUGUUGUCUGCUCCUGGGGUCAACAGGAGGGACCCGUGGCCUGAGAUAGAGGAGAGAGUAAAGCACUGAGGAGGUAGUGAAAGUUAGUUGUUGAGAGUCUAGAGCGGCUGCUCAUUGGUGUCCUGCUCAAAGUAAUGGAGCCAGCCUUCGGGGAGGUCAACCAGCUGGGAGGGGUAUUCGUGAACGGAAGGCCUCUACCCAACGCCAUCAGACUCCGCAUCGUGGAACUGGCCCAAUUGGGCAUCCGACCCUGUGACAUCAGCCGACAGUUAAGGGUAUCCCAUGGCUGUGUCAGUAAGAUACUGGCGCGCUACAAUGAGACGGGCUCCAUCUUACCUGGGGCGAUUGGGGGAAGCAAACCCCGGGUCACUACCCCCACUGUGGUGAAACAUAUCCGGACCUACAAACAGAGGGACCCAGGAAUCUUUGCCUGGGAAAUCCGUGAUCGUUUGCUAGCAGACGGUGUGUGUGAUAAGUACAACGUGCCUUCGGUCAGUUCCAUCAGCCGAAUCCUACGCAACAAGAUUGGGAACUUGUCUCAGCAGAGCCAGUACGACUCUUACAAACAGCAUCAGCCACCGCCGCAACCCGCCUUGCCUUAUAACCACAUAUACUCCUAUCCGAGUCCCAUUACUGCAGCUGCAGCCAAAGUACCCACUCCUCCCGGAGUUCCCGGAAUUCCCAGCAAUAUGGCCAUGCCUCGAACCUGGCCCUCUUCGCACUCUGUCACGGAUAUCCUGGGAAUCCGCUCCAUCACAGACCAAGUGAGCGACAGCUCCCCCUACCACAGUCCAAAGGUGGAAGAGUGGAGCAGUUUGGGCCGAAACAACUUCCCCACCCCUGCCCCGCACCCGGUCAACGGGCUGGAGAAAGGGUCUUUGGAACAGGAGGCCAAAUAUGGACAGGCACCAAAUGGUCUCCCAGCCGUCAGCAGUUUUGUGUCAGCAUCCAGCAUGGCUCCUUAUCCCACCCCAGCCCAAGUGCCACCUUAUAUGACGUACAGUGCUGCUCCUUCUGGUUAUGUUGCUGGACAUGGUUGGCAACAUGCUGGCAGCACUCCACUUUCCCCCCACAACUGUGACAUCCCAGCAUCGCUGACAUUCAAGGGCAUGCAGACAGCCAGAGAAGGUAGUCACUCUGUUACAGCUUCUGCUCUCUGAUAUGAAGUUCAGUUUGGAACAACUUCACCCCAACCUGUUUCACUCUGCAUCAGUCAGUCCUCUUCCUUCCCCCAAGGCCACACUACCCUAUCUCUUCUAUUCCCAAAUCUUUCCCACUUCCUUUUCUAAAUUCACAUCCUUUGUGUUAAUGACACAUAGAUAUUUGUUGGCCUAACUUCUCUACAAAAAAGCUGAAAUAAUUUUAGGAUUUAAAUAACAGAAGCAACAUUAAAGAAUGGAGACAUUUUCUGUUGCCCACACAGUGUUUCUACUUGUGGAAGAAACCUGUAUCCCUCAAAGGGCUCAAGAAACUUUUUUGAUUUCAUUGGUAAAACCACACGUGUAUAUUUAUUCUAAAUCAACCUGAACUUUUAAAAUGUGCAAUUUGUUGUUGAGGUUUGUGAAAAUCAAUAAAGAAAAAUAAACAUAGAAAAAAGUUAUGCUAUACCUUCUAAUCAACCAAGGUGACUGAGUAAGCUUUGAUUCACAAUUUAUCCACCUAGAGAACAAAUCAACAACUAACCUGUUUGAAUGAACCAAUUUAUUUUAACAGAUGACAAUGAGGGUGCGAGUGGAAUUGUAUGUAGAACCAAGACUAUAUCUCAAUUGUUCCUUCUGGUGUUUCAAACUGGUUCCAAAGGCAUGAUUGUUUAUAUUUUCUAUCACUCUGUAAAUAUAACUUUGGGUAGCACUUGUGUUUUUGUGUCUUGGUACUUUGCUAUUCCUCUAUGUCCCCACCAAUCUUCAUACAUUUUAGAAGAAAAUUUUUUUAAAAAAAAAGGUGACUUUCUGGCAAUCUCUGACUUUGGUGGUGGGCUACUCAGGCACUGGGAAUGUGGACUCCACACCCCACCACUUUUUGUGUAUGCGGUGAAGGCUUCAACAUCUCAUGAAGGACAUUUUCUUCGUACAGCAGAGGAAUCAAAAGGCAAACAGGACAAGUCAUUUUCCCCUACUGUACCUUAACUGAACUACACACAUGCCAAGCAUAAAAUGACAAGCAGGUGGAAUAUAUCUGAACAAUAACAAAAAACUGUAGAGGAAGUCACUUAGAAGCUUAAGUUUAAUGUGAAACAAAAUGCAAAGACAAUUUUUUACAAUGAACUUAAGUUAAAAGAAAAACCACUGUGAAACAAAAUUGUACUUUUAUUGUUGACUUACAUGUAUGUUCAGCAAUUUCAGCUCAAAAUUGUGUUGUAAUUUAAAGAAAAUGGAAAGUUUGGUUCUAGUGAAUGUAAAAAUGGCUUGCUGUGAAGUUUACAUUGUUAUACAGGAGCAUGUUUCACUUACAGGUAAACUGGUGGUGGUACUAGACAUACAAAUGCUACUUAAUUUUUAACAAAUUCCCUUUACUAAUUUCUGGAUUCACAGGAAACUUUUAAUUGCUAAAUCAUUCCAUCUCAAUUAUAUUCCGAUUUAAUGUUAAUUACAGAAAAUAUAUAUAUGUGUGUGUGUGUGUGUGUGUGUGUGUGUGUGUGUGUGUGUGUUCAUACAUCUUAACUGCUUUCUUGGGCAAAAUUCUACAGGAUUUUUUUCUGUUGUUUAGAAACUUCUUCACAUGCUUGAAAUUGAAAGCAUGAAAAUGAUUUGGUAUCUUUUUUAAUUGGCAAAAUUCAUUUAUUAGAAUGCUAAUAUAUUGUGGGGUUUUUUGACUUGUGCAAUAACUAAAAGGGUAUGUCACUAGAUAUGGAUGUUAAAGAUUACAUUCACAAAAUAAUCUUGAUUUCUACCUUUCUAUGUUAUACACAGCUUACAUGGCAAUUCAGUUCUUGCUACAUCAAUUUCAUGGCCUCAUCUUAAACCCAGAUAACUAGAUUAGCUAAUUUUUUCAAAUCAUUCUCACAAAAACAAUAAGCAAACUCCCCACAAAAAUCAUGACCAAGGAAGUCCUUUCCCUCCCCCACCCCAUUCAAGCAGCUGUCUUGUAGCAGUCAAAGCAACCUAACUUCUAUGCUAUAAACAGGCUUAUAAUUUCAGGAGUACGAGUAAGCAAAAGGAGCAGUUGAAUUCUCAGGGCUUCCUUUGAUCUUGUUAAGCUGUUAUUGACAUCUAGGAGUUUCAAGUCUAGUGAAAAAGUAGACUAUAAACCAAAAGAAUGAGAGGUGCCAAUCCAAUGUUUUGUGGACACUUUAAAAAUUGUCCAAAGAGGGACUUUUCUGCCUGUCAGGAAAAAAAAACUGACAUAGGUAAUAGAAUUAGAAUUACCAUUGUCAAAUGUUUUGCAGAGUUUUCUAGGUAAAUAUUGCUAAUUGUUACUGGGCAGAAUGAAACCAAAUAUUUUUAUUUCCUUUUUUUCCUGUUUUAAAAAGUCUCUUGUUAUUACGUUAUUUAUAAUAAUUUC